AUGCAUUCAACUGAAAAUGUUCUUUAUUGUUCUCGUAGCUCCCUGUGUUCUCUGUCAGUUCUGGCACUAGUUGCUGUUGUGUUCAUGGUACCAAUGAAAGGUAAGCCUCAUUUACACUAAACAAGGAUCAUAUAUCAGCAUAUACUGUAGCAAUUUGCUCGAGUAAGCUUUUCCAGUUAAUUGUUCAGUGUGUCAUACACUGGCCAAAAACAAUGACCUUGCUUUUAUUGCUGAGGUGAAAACGUCUGAUACAGUAUAUGACAUUAUAUUAUUGAGGUUAUGGAGAUUCAAUAAAUUAAUAAUAGUACUGUUUCCUUUUCAGACAGAAGUGAGGAUGUGUUAAGCUUUUUGAAUGGUGAGAAGGUUGGCUACAUCCUAAUGCACGUGUUUAUUGAAUUGUGCUGAUGAGACCCAAACAGUUGUUAGUCUUGAUGGAGAAAUCAUGUUUUCAAAGAAUUAUCACAGGUGGUGAGAUUCUAAUAAGAUGUUUGUAAGGUACCUCAUUUUCAGAUGUUGUUACAGGUGCCCUUGACGUCGCUCCCCAAACUCAAAGCACCUCGGGAGAAAUCAAAGGUCUGUUCUUUAUAUAUAUUUCACACUUUAUAUAUUUUCUGUCCUCAUUUUGUUGCUUUUAAACUCAUUAACUCAAUCUGCCAUCUUCCUUUUCUACUUCCCCCAGGUCCUGAGAAUACCUUUGGUAAACCAGCUACAACCCCAGGUUAGUGAAAAUAGGGAAAUGUUUCUAAUUAACAUCUGUUAUUGCCAUGUUGACCUAAUUUAAUAUUGUGUUCAACAGCACGCCCAAGUCCUUUAAGACCAACAGAGAACUCUGCAGGUAGGUUUUUGAUUACGUUUAGUUUGUAAUCAAACGGUCAAACUUUGUUAUAAUGAAAUCAAUGUGUUAUAUUACGUGUAUCAUUACUCCGCAAUCAUUUGUCUUCCAGAAAUCUCAAAUGUUACGCAGGCUGCAAACUCGGCUGAUUUAACAGGUUAGUGUGGGGAAGGUUGAGCUGGGAAGUUAUCAAUAGUCAGUAGUUAGUGUUAUUGAUAUGUGGUUGAUCAUGUCUUUUUUGUGUUAUUGAUCAUUAUCUGAUCAUGUAUACGAUAUUGUAGACUCAGAUGCCAGAUCCAAAGAGAAUUGCAACUCCGAUGAUCUUACAGGUGUGUGGAAUAUGGUUUGAAAAUAAUGUUAUAUAGGAAGUUUCGAUAUCAUUUUCAGAGUUGUUUUAUUCAAUGUCCCACAGAUGCAGGACGAUCUGAAAGUAACUCAGCAGAAAGCAGAGGUAUAGCAAAAUAUCUAAAUAAUCUAUGACUGAAAUAUCCGUAGGGGGAAAUUAAUCUGGUAAUGUGGAUGUCAUAGACUCUCUCUCUCUCUCUCUCUCUCCUCCGCUUCUCUCUCUCUCUCUCUCUCUCUCUCUCUCUCUCUCUCUCUCCCUCUCUGUCUGUACCUCUCUCUCUCUGUGUGUAUGAUAUCCUACCGCCCCAUCAAGAUAGAGAGAGAGAGAAAGAGAGAACAAACGAGAAAGAGAGAGAGGAGUAGUGCUGAGAAGAGAAAAGAGACGAGAAGAGAAGAGAAGCGAAAGACAAGAAAGAAGAGAGAGAGAGAUAUACUCCUCUCUCAUAGAAUAGAUCAGAAGCCAGAGAAAGUCGUCGUCAUCUUGCACUCUCUCUCUCUUCUCGUCUCUUCUCUCUCUGCUGCUAGUCUCUCUAUGUAUGUACUCUCUCAUUCUGUAUGUUCUAUUCGCUUUAUCGCUCUUUCUUCUCAUCUCUCUCUUCUCUCUCUCUCUCUCUCUCUCCUCUCUCAUCUCUCUCUCUCUCUCCUCUCUCUCUCUCUCUCUCCUCUCUCAUCUCUCUUCAGAGGAUGAUGACUAUCCGGGAUCAAAGACAAAGAUUACACAAACUGAUAUGUCAUGUUUUACAUCAAUGUAAUGUAAAGAAAUGGUAGCUAGAUAAUUGAUGUAGCGUCACAAACAGAAAUGCGUAAGGUAGCACAGGACUAUAAUUCUGCUGGUAAGAAUUCCACCCUAGUAUAAUUGCAUCCCAUAGGCAUGUAACUAACACUAUGUAAGACACUUAAAAUGACAUCACCUGGGCUUGUCUUGUUGUAGGCAGCAACAGUGACGAAAUAAAUUAUGUAGCAGCCUUUAAACCCUCUAUUGAGAUUCAAGAUAUGUCAGAAUCUACUUGAUGAAGUCCUUGGCCAACAGCGUAUUUAAACAAACAUAGAAUUAACAUACUUAGAAUAAAAACCUAUUAAACCAAUAGCACUUAUUCAUAUCCAUAGAUUUUCAUACAAAGAGUAAAUUCAAAAUGUGGAAAUCAGUUGAUAGUUCUAACUGGCUCUUAAUCCCCAAUACAGUGACAGAUGACAGUAGCAGCGACGAGACUGACAGUCCUCCUCCAAGUGAUGUGGGAAAUAACAAACAACCUCCAGGAAGGAAAACCAUAAACCCAGACCAUGUGGACAGCAUGCAGACAACCUCCAGGCAGGAUCCAACCAAUGGGAGCGAGGAGCUGGAUAGAGAGACUCAGAGGGAGAGAACCAGCAGAGUGCUCAUUGAUCUCAACAGUGAAGAGAGGGUGAUGGUGGGCUGCCAGGGUACUGCCUGUGUGCCCGGAGAGCAGGGGACUAGAGUCAAUGGAGGUGAAAAUGAUGAGAACACCAGUCUAGACAGUAGAGAUAGAGAUAUCCAAAGCCAAGAGGUCACAGGCACAGCCACGGAUCAGGCCCUACGUAGGGAUAGUCGUAGGGGUGAAGUGAAUGGAGUGUUGUACACAGCCGGAGAACAGCAGGACUUGGACAGUGUGGAGAAUGUCAAUGGUAGACCCAAUGGUACUGAUGAAGCCAACAGUAGAGGUUCGUCUGGCUUCUAUUCUACCGUGAUUCCAAACUAUGGCUUUACAAAAAAAGAAGUUCCACAGCAGAAUUCUUUAACUAUUGAACCUAUAUUAUUGAAAAAUAUCUGAAUGAUUGCUUUCUAUCCCCACAGAAAUCAGAGAUGAUGUCAGCACUGAGACGAACCCAGCAGGUAGGUUUAGAGAAAACACACCAUGAACAAUAAAACAAUCCCAGUAAAAACAUUGAGGUCACUGAGCAUUUAUGUUCAGAUGGUAAGCCAGAGAGGGACUGUGUGUUCUGGUAAGGGAAAGAUACAGAGAAACAGCAGAUGAUUUAUACCCACCUAAAUAUGUGCUGGAAACACUUUGGUGAGGAAAAUAUCACUUUCUCGUAUUGCGAAACCCACAAAUGUUCUCUAGCAGGUCUGAAAAUAUUUCCUGUUUUGCAAAAAUAUUUAAAUUGAUGUGGUGAAUCAGAAAAAUUACCACAGUGAAUACUUUGUAUAACAAUUUAUGUUACAAAUAUGACCACUGCUUCUAAGACCUAAGUAGAAACAGACCAGAGGUGUUACCUACCGGAGGUCAACUGACAUCCAUAUUACACAUUCAACAACACACCACUGUUUUCAGACUUCUUAUCUUACCACUCACAAGCAAAUUGUUUAAAUCAUACUGAGUGUUCUCCAUGUUGUCUUCUCUGUGUUCUAGUGACUUGGUUAGCCUCCAGGAGCCCCAGCCAGGGGUCCCAGCCAGGAGCCUGUCAGUGCCAGACGCUUCCUCCAGGUAGAGUUGGCUCAGCUCUACCCUGCAGGGCCUGUAAAUCUCCCUGCCUCUCACUCGCGUGUCGUCUCCCUCAAGCUCCACCGACUCUACCAGACCGCAGAGAGCCCCUCUCACACUUGUAAUCAUGACAGAGAUGUCAGUACAUCUGUGGAUAUUUACCACCAAUUUGUCACUCCAAGUGAUCUUGAAGUAAAUGGGAUUCUGCCAGCAGCUGUGCCUGGUCUUACUGCUGGUAGUACAGUUGAGUUGUGGGUGAAUGGAAAUAAGAUGUUUGGCUCCAAUCUGAUCUGAUCAAUCUGAUUAAAUAAAGGUCUCUCAAAAAGCCUUGUUUGUUGUAGUAAUUAGAAGUAAUUCAAUAAAAGGCUGUGUAUACAUCCACAUUCACAAUUGUAAGGCAGAAUGUCUUACAGUGUUACAAAACUGUUUGGAUUACAUGACCAUUCUACACAAAAUAUGUUCUACAUUUCAACUUCACCCAAUCAUCAACUGUCAACUUGGCCCAUUACAAACAACAUUUGGUAACUUUGCAUAAAAGAUAAUAUGGCAGUGAUUCAACAACGGAAGAAAAAUAUGUUGACAGAACAUGUCACUGUUACCUUUUUGCUUUUGCAGCAAUUCUCCAGACAUAAACACUUCUCUCCUCCAACAGGGUUUUAUAGUGAUCUCUCCCAUGCGUUGGAGUUGACAUGGGGUGACUGCUCUGACACAUCAGCCUUGCUGUUUGCACACAGGCAGUUGUUGCUAACACAUGUACUGUGGCCUGAGGCACAGCUUCAACAUCAACUGCUGUGCUGACCAAAACCAGUGACACAGAAUGAGGAGCAGCUGAUCACAAAAUAUACAUAUAUAUCUAUCUAUGGAAUUUAUCCACUUCUGAAAAAUGUAGGGUUAUUCUGAUGAGUAAUGAUGAGUCCGUGUAGCGGAGGCAGUUUGGUGAGCUUUUGACCCUCGCAUGACCUUGCCUGAGACCUGAAGACUUGUGGUAUCUCCCUGAGCUGAUGUCUAGGCUUUAGCUUAGCAGGCUACCACAGUCUUGUGUCACGACUGGUAGAAAGUAAAUUCACUGAACCUUAAAGAUGGAAUCCACAGUACGGGGAAACAGAGCCACUGGCCGCCCCAUCACCAUUAUUGUUUUAGAUGCCCAGCUGAGGUGCAUCAUGGUAAAAAAAAAUUAAUUACAGGACAUAUUGUGCUCUUCUUUUGCACCUGCAAUGUCUGAGGGGAAAAAACUGUGUUUGUUGUUGUAAUAUCGCACACGGAGCUGGCUGUUUCACCAUUAAGGAUUCCAGCUGUAAGAGUAAUCACUGUUUACUUAUACAGUAAACAAACUACAAGCUUGAACACCUAAAUUACACUCCAAUAGAGCUUCAUUUUGUGGUGCAUACCAACCACAGAUAUCCUCCAGUAUCACAUUCUCAAUGUUCUUUUACAGACCUCCAUGUACUGGCUUUGAUGCCUUAUAAAACUCUGUUUCUGUAAAAGCAGUCUGCACAGGAAGCUAGCUCUUCUAUCUGUGCUGUCCCAGAACCUGGCACCUGCCAGAAACAGUACGAUGCCUGGACAGAGAAGUCCCAACUGGCCAGCUGCUCUGGGGUUUAUGGAGACAAGAGCGAG